CCUCUCUCUCUCUCUCUCUCUCUCUCUCUCUCUCUCUCUCUCCCCCACUCCCUCUUUCCCUCUCUGCCUAUCCCAGUUUUACUGACGUCACGCAUUUUUUAAUUUCGUUUCGCCCAGAGGGAUUUUUCUGGUGAUUAUAACCUUUUAACUCCGUAAGAGACGCCGAGUCCUUCAAACAGACUGAGCUGAACUCUAACUGGAUCUGAUACCGAAGAGAAUACGAGGCUCGGACGGGAAAUAUAAACUAUAUAAGUUUAGCGGUACUGUAGCUCUGAAUGGAGAUUGCGGACUUUAUCGAUAACCCGAAUUUAAAAAACAAAAACAAAACAACACAAAACAAAAUAUUAAAAAAAAGCUUCAACGUGUUUUUUUGCUUGUCUUUUAAAGAAAACGGACCGAACACAUAUCUUUUAUUUUUUUAUCUUCUAGAUAUCUUUCCCAAUAGAAAAAAAGGACUCGCUUUUGUUAUUUUUUUUUUACGGGUAAAUCCUUUUUUUUUGCAGUAAGACUGACUAUUUUAAAACGCUCUUUUAAUUUGUGCAUUUAAAUGAGAUUUUUUUACAGUAGUAUUUUUUAAAAUGAUUUAAAAUCGAUUCAACGACUCAUUUCAGUUAUUUAUAUAUUUUUUCCCAACUUUUUUUUUACUGCGGCAACUGCUUUAGUUCUGAAUUGUAAAAGAUUCGACUUUUAAAAAAAAUAUUGAAAUCAACUCAAUUUACAAGAUAAACGAGUGUUUAUUAUUAUUAUUAUUAUUAUUAUUAUUAUUAGACUAGUUCAAUCAGUACGGCCAUUAAAAUACAUCUUUUAAAAGCUAUAGAUACGCGUUUUAAUCGUUCAUACAAUAACUAGCUUCACAGGUUUAUUGAUUUCUUUAUUUAUUUAUUUAUUGAUUUUAAAUUCGUGGCUCUCUCCGUUACCCCGGCAACGCAGCCGUUGAUAAAUCUGUCGCUCUCGAGCUCAAUGGAGAGGUCGCCCCGGCGCGUGAGUGUGCAGCAGACCGGCCACGCGGGGCCCCAGCACGCGAGCGCGGCGGGCUCCGUCAAAACCGUCAUCGUGGGAGACGGAGGCUGCGGGAAAACAUCGCUGCUGAUGGUGUUUGUGAAGGGAGACUUCCCCGAGGCUUACGUUCCAACGGUGUUUGACAGAUACACCGCCAGCAUCACAGUCGACAACAAACAGACUGAAAUCAACUUGUGGGAUACAGCCGGCCAAGAAGACUACGACAGGCUCCGCCCCCUCUCAUACACAGGAGCAAAUGUGGUGCUGAUCUGCUACGAUGUCACAAACCCCGGCAGCUUUGACAAUGUUCUCACCAAGUGGUCCCCAGAGGUCCGUCACUUCUGUAAGGGGGUCCCCAUUUUGCUCGUGGGGUGCAAGACAGACCUGCGGAAAGACAAGAUCCGGCUCCGCAAACUGAGGGCCAACGGGCUGGAGCCCAUCACUUACUCACAGGGUGAGCACACGGCUAAGCAGAUCCGAGCCUCCAUGUAUCUGGAAUGCUCUGCGCGGUUCCAGGAGAACGUUGCCGACAUCUUCAAGGAGGCAGUCGCCGCGGCAACGAGUGCGGCAAAGAAACGGAAAAGCAAGCGACGGAAGAAGCAGGGCUGCGCCGUGUCGUAGCGGGACUCGCUGUGCCGUGGAGACUGUAUUGUGAAUCGGUACAGCCCUGGCUAGGACUACAGCUCCCAGCAUGCCUCUGCACCCGCGGCAAUGGCGAGGGAUGCUGGGAGCUGUAGUUCUUUAACUGCAAUGCGCUGGGCUGGGCUGUAUUACAUUGUUUUUGCUCAGUCUGUGAUGCUUUGACUGUGAGUUCAGGAGCUGCUCUUCAGUUCUAGCUGCGCUGCCAUAGUUAUUGUAUUUUGAAUCGGUACAGCCCUGGCUAGGACUACAGCUCCCAGCAUGCCUCUGCACCCGCGGCAAUGGUGAGGGAUGCUGGGAGCUGUAGUGUUGUAUUGUAUUGUAUUGUACUGCCGUAGACGUGUGUAACACAGCAGAGAUGAGCCAGCGCUCGUCUCAGGAAGUGCCUGUCGCUGCAUACACUAUAAAAACAGCGACCCCCCACGUCGCCGUGGUUACUGUGUUUAUUCUAAAUAACCAGCCAUAAUAAUCACAGGUAAACUGAAAGUGGAUGAAAAUCAGAGAGGGGCGAUCGCUGGGUGUGUAAAACACAACAUGGAACUGAGAACGAUUCACCCUGGAGGGAGGGAGAGAGAGAGAGAGAGAGAACGAUUCAGCCUGGAGGGAGAGAGAGAGAGAGAGAACGAUUCAGCCUGGA